UAGAAGUUUUUUUUCCCAAGGCUGCAAGGGCCUUGAUAUCUGGGCCUGUUUGCUUAAAAUCUUCAAGGCAAAAAGGCCUCUAUUUUUGGAAAAUGGCGUCUAGAGAAAAUCCUCGGAUGAAAGCCUACAAGAACAGGGCUUUGGAUACUUCUGAAAUGCGGCGUAGAAGAGAAGAAGAGGGCGUCCAACUUCGGAAAGCUAAGCGAGAGGAGCAGAUGUUUAAGCGACGUAAUGUUGAUGUGAGCAAGGAAGGAGUGCAAGCUAGCGAGCUGGAAAGCCUUCUGACCAGUGAUUGGCAGGGACCUUUGUUCCAAGACAUGGUUCAAGCUGUUUUUUCAGAGGAUCCUUCAAGAGAAUUAGCAGCAACUCAAAGAUUUAGAAAAAUAUUAUCAAAAGAACCAAAUCCUCCUAUCGAUGAUGUGAUAAAGUGUGGAGUUAUUCCAAAGUUUGUAGAAUUUCUUCAAAGGGAUGACAACAGUUCAUUACAGUUUGAGGCUGCAUGGGCACUGACCAAUGUUGCAUCAGGAACCUCAAUGCAGACAAGAGAGACAGUUAAUGCUGGUGCUGUACCAUGUUUUAUUAAAUUACUGGAAUCUACUUAUGAUGAUGUACAGGAACAGGCUGUGUGGGCUCUAGGAAAUAUAGCUGGAGACAGUGCAGAAUGUCGGGAUUAUGUUCUUAGCUGUGGUGUACUUAUCCCUUUUUUAAAUCUAAUAACAAAAUCAACACGUCUGUCUAUGACAAGGAAUCUUGUAUGGGCUUUAUCAAAUCUUUGUCGAGGCAGACAUCCUCCUCCAGAUUUUUCAAAGGUUUCACCGUGUUUACCAGUUCUUAGUAGACUUCUAUUCAGCACAGAUGCUGAUGUAUUGGCCGAUACAUGUUGGGCUUUAUCGUAUCUAUCUGAUGGACCAAACGAGAAAAUACAGGCUGUCAUUGAUUCUGGAGUUUGUAGAAGACUAGUAGAACUACUUAUGCACAACCAAAAUAAUGUUAUAUCAGCAGCUUUGAGAGCAGUUGGGAAUAUAGUUACUGGAGAUGAUGUACAAACACAGGUUAUUUUGAACUGCAAUGUUCUGCCAAGUCUUUUGCAUUUAUUAAGCAGCUCAAAGGAAAGUAUAAGAAAGGAAGCUUGUUGGACAAUAUCAAACAUUACGGCAGGAAACAGAUUGCAAAUACAGGCUGUAAUCGAUGCCAAUAUUGUCCCUAUGCUAAUAGAAAUACUCAAUAAAGCUGAGUUUAAAACACGAAAGGAGGCUGCCUGGGCUGUUGCCAAUGCAACAUCAGGGGGUACACCAGAACAGAUUAGGUACAUUGUAAGCCAAGGAGCAGUACGACCUCUAUGUGAUUUAUUAACAGUGUUUAACCCCAAGAUUGUCCAAGUAGGAUUAAAUGCGUUGGAUAACAUUCUAAAAAUUGGUCAAACUGAUUCUAAACAAGAAGGAAAGCCAAACCCUUAUGCUAUUAUGGUAGAAGAAGCGUAUGGGUUAGACAAGAUAGAGUUCCUGCAAGGACAUGACAAUGAAGAAAUUUAUAGAAAAGCUUUUGAAAUAAUUGAAAAUUACUUUGGAGCAGAUGAAGAAGAUGAAAAACUCAUGCCAACAACAGAUGCUGAUGCCACACAGUACCAAUUUGGUGGUAAUAACAUUGAUAUGCCUCAAGAAGGCUUCCAGUUCUGAACCAAUUGUAAGGAGUGUGAUUGAAGCCUGAUAUGAGAUGAAGCAUCGUCAUGGCAAUGCUUGGCAGAGAAUGGACUGCACCCUUUGCACUUCUCUCUGUCAGAAAAACAAAAUGGUGUGAGCUUGUAUAGCUUUCAAAGGUGCCUUUUGUGGCAUAAUUAACAGAAUGACAAGAUUCUUGAACCAUGGUUAUAUUUAAUGGUAUUUUGGAACUUGAACUGUGGAUACAGAGAGGGGUUUCAAUGAAAGCCCUCUUAAUCACAAAUUCAAGGGUGUCUUGCUGGUGUUGAUGACUUCUACAUGAAUAUCUAAAUUCUCCUUAAACCCCUAAAGAGUUUAUUUUUAUUAUUAUUUUGUUGUUAACAAUCAUUGCAAUAAUUUUGUCAUGCUAAACUUAUAGUUAUUGUUGGAAUUAAACGUAAAUUAAUUUUUAAAUCUUUACUCGCCAGAUUUAUUGCAAUUAUUGUGCAUGGUUUAGUAAGGAGAAUUUAUAUGUUCAUCAGUUACCUUUGUGCACUUGCCUAGACCCUGUAAUCAAAUGUAAAGAUGAGAGAAGUGAACUGUAUUUAUCAUGAACUGAAGUUGUAAAAUUCACAGGCCUGUAACACACUCUAUAAUAUUGUUCUUUGGUUACAAUAUCAAAUACGAACAAUGCUAUUUCCUAAUUCAAUCAAACACAAAGAGUUUGGGAUGACUGGACAUCCUAGGUACAUUAAUUUUGUAUGACAAUUGGGCAUGCUUUUAAUCACAUGAGAAAGUUUAAAGAUAUCUCGAUAACACUUCAUGCUAUGUUGUAUAUUAAAUGUAACUAGAGAGAGAAACACGAGCCAUUAAAUCAGUUUUGUUAUUUUUUCACAAGUAAAAGUAUUGUCUGCACUAUAAUAGAUGAAGGGAUGGCAAAUAGUAUCUCGCUGUCUUGGCAAAAAUUUACUCAAAUUCUCGUUCUUGUCUGGACUUAACAAUCAGAUUUUUCUGACAAAGUCCUGUUUCUAGUUUUUGGCCUCAUGACUUGACAGCUAUCAGAUUCGUCACCCCUAAAUAUAAGAAGCAUGCCCAACUGCAUUUAUCCCAGAGUCUACAUCCAAAUUAUGGCCUGCUUUUCUGGAUGGUAUGAAUGAUUGUCCUUCUUAGUUUGAUAUGGACAGUUUUUCUUUCAGUUUGUCUCAGAGUCUAUAAAAUGAUGAGCUGAGAUAAAGUAAAAUGGUCUUUAGUAUUAUUUUGAGCAAGGUCCAGAAAAAUAAGAAAUAAAAAGAUGUUUAAUAUUUU